ACGUAUGAAGUUCAAUCAUCCCUGAAGUUGAACGAACGAACACACGUAAGGCAUUAUGUUUUACCCUCGACUCCAGAAGAGCACUAUAAAUACAAGUGACGUUGGUGUUGAAUCUCUAGUCGGCGGGUCUGACAUCCUCACGCAUCAAGAUGAAAUUCGCGUUUGUUCUACUUCUCGUCAUAUUCGUGACUGAUGUUACGCCAAUUUUGGAAGAGGUAUCUGACAUCAUCUUCAAGAAAUAUGCAACCAUGAAGAUUAUGGAAGAUUGCUAUGGUAAAGAAGCUGUAAAUAAUAUGCUAAGCGAAGUCGCAUUAGCAUAUGCGCGUUGCCGUGGCAAACCAUCAUUUCUUCCUAUUUUGGAACAAAUCGGAUCUUUUAAUUUGGAACAAGCAUCGGAAGAACCUCAAGUAACCCAGACAGAGUCACUUACAGAGCCUCUUACAGAUCCCCCUACCACUACUACUACGACUUCCACCACAAGUACUACUACUCCUACUCCUGACACUUCGGUUAAGCAAGUUCCAUAUGCCGUCUAUCGACCCCCUGCAGUCAAAAUCCCUCAGGAAGUCGUCGAUCAAUAUCCUCCAUUUGGAUAUGAUGAUCCUCGUUUCUGGCUUGGUUAUUUUCCGCCAAAUAGAAGACUCCAGUUCCAACAGAGAUUCCCUUACGGGGAUUCUGGCUACUAUUAUGGCGGACCCGUGAGCCCAGGAGCCUAUCGCUGGAAACGUGCAGAACACCGAACAUUGCCGGAGGACAAUCAGGAGAUUGUUGAAGAAUUGCCUGUGGUCACAGAGGGUUCGCAACCGACAGGACCCUUUGCAUUUCCUUUUGCUAACAACAUGUUUUCUAAACAUGAAGCUAUCCUCGGAAACGCAACCUGUGUAAUGAAAGAAAUCGGGUUUAUUGGAGAUGACAUGCAGCCGAAUUAUAGUAACAUCCGGAAGCGUAUUGACAACCUUCCCGUCACUGCGGAACUUAAAGCUGAUCUCAUUGACGGGAUUGAAACAUGCCAACAAUUUAUAAGCUGUAUUCCCACAAAGACAUAUAGCGACAUCCCAGUUUUAAGGGAAAUGGUCACUCCAUACGCCUUCUUUAAGUGUUUCAAAGGAAGGAAAAUUGAAGCGUGCAUGAAGAAAGAUCUUAGAGAAAAAUUUGUCUCACUACUCACAGGUCUUCCUGCCAGUCGUGGAAAGCAAAUGAGAGAUGAAACCGCCUCGGAAGUACAAGCAAAUAUGGAUGGCGUGUUUAAUAUGAUUUAUGGUUUCGAUAUGAACUCACGUUCUACCAGUUUUUUCUAAUUGGGGUUGACAGGGGUGUUACUAACCGCUGAUGUGUUUUCACCUUUUUUUGUUUUUUAAUUAAACCACUCUAGGGCAACCGGUUUUAUUAUGUGACGGGCUGACGGUUGUUUGUUUUAUAUUAUUUAUAAACCGGUUGCCAUACUAUUUAAAAUAUUUCCCUCGAUUUGAGUUUUAUCAUGAUGAAAAAGAAUAAAGCUUUAAACUUUGA